AUGUUGUCACAGCACCUUGGCGGGCCUGUUCUGCUCGAUCUCGAUAUCACCCCGAAGGCCAAAACACACCCUUUGAUUGUUGCUCAAACGACUAAGUCUAAAUCAGGCGAUCUAAGUUCUUAUACGCUUCGCAACACUUAUAUUGUCCAUAGAUACGAGAGGGUUGCUGUAGAUGAGUCUGUUCAUUUCAAGAUAGGGACGCUAAAUAUUUCAAGGCUUGGCAACACGGACACUGGGCACAUAGCCAAGUUUGCAUUCCCUUCUACUGGAGUAAUUAUUGGUAGCCAAAACAAAGUAUAUACCAUCGUAUACGAUUGCAAAAUAGAAAUUACAAUCCACAUAUCAACACUUGUAGCAAAAAAUGAUCAAGAGUUGCCGAAUAUGGCGUGUUUGGAAGGUGGUGCCACAGAUAAUGCCGAAUCCAACAAUGUCUACGAGGAUCUAUCGGAAGUGAUGCCCAAACCAUCUGAUUCAGUGACUCAAAAGCUUUUGUGUUCUUCCGAGCCGUCGAGUACAACUUCUGUCAACGCCUCACCUAAUCGUCACAUUAUUGUUCUAGUAUUUAAUGACCAUAAUAACACACAUGACAUAAACGAAUACGCCACAUAUGACCCCGUCGGGAAUAGCGUCAUGUAUGAUUUUGAUAGGCUAAAACAAAUUCAGAGCUCCGAUCAGGAAACAUAUUCUCACGGACAAGUGACAAUACAUCUGAAUACAACGCCAGCUUGGGUAAUGACCAGUAAUACAUCAUUGAGCCUGAAUCCUCCGGUUAAUACUGACGGGUGCAAUUCUAAAGAAGUUCCAGAAAUACGAGAAUCCACAGUGUCUAGUACAUCCAUAAAUGACGAAUUUAUUUCUGCAGAUGAGCCAUCUGUAGAAUGUGUUGAUUCCACGAUCGACAGUGUUUCAAGUUCAUGUCAAAAAAACAAUGUGGAAUCUACUCGCGUGCUCGACACACCAGUGGGUUCUAAAGAUGUUUCUAUAACCGCUGAACCUUCAUCACCAACGUUGAAUAUGGGCGAUAUAAUACAUAGCACGAUCGAUGCAGCGUUUCUUCCAAGUGGCAAAAGUCUAGACGAACUCAUCGAUAGCUUUGCGAAUGAGUUACCGGAAAUAAGCGCCCUAGGUCAAACAGAAAGUGAGCUGAGUAACGUGGCAAUUAGUAACAUCAAUACUGGCGAAGGUGGAUUGUCAGUACACAAUACCACUACAGAGGAUUAUUUUGAUUUAGCGUCUAUUGAUAUAAAUUUUGAAGAUAUAUACGAGGAAUUUACAGAAAGUGAUUUGCGCUGCUUUGAGGAACUCGAAACUGAGAGUAUAGGCGAUGAUCCCAUAAUGGAUAUAUUUGAUAGACCUAUAAAGGUUGAUGGUGUAGCGGAUGAUCCCAUAGUAAUUGAUAUAUCUGAUGAACCUAUAAAUGCUAGUGUAGCCUAUGAUCCCAUAGUAAUUGAUAUAUCUGAUGAACCUGUAAAUGUUGAUGAUUCAUCUGACGAUACCAUUAUAAUUGAUAUAUCUGAUGGGCCAAUAAAUGUUGAUGUAGCACAUGAUUCCACUAUAAUUGAUAAAUCUGAAGGACCUACAAAUGUUGUUGAUGUAGCACAUGAUUCCACUAUAAUUGAUAAAUCUGAAGGACCUACAAAUGUUGAUGAUGUAGCGGAUGGUUCCACUAUAAUUGAUAAAUCUGAUGAAGCUAUAAAGGCUGACUCGUCUGGUGAUUCCGCUAUAACUGAAACGUCAGAUGUUCGUGUGGUGAAGAUUAUGAACCCAUUCGGUUCUAAGAGAACAACUCCUAGGAAACGGUCUAAAACGGAAUCCUCUGUUUCAUCUGUGUUAAAGCGCCCUCGCCGAACACUACGUGGAAGUACUACUGAGGUAGUUGAAACACAACCAACGAACACCGAAUCGAGCGAUGCUGUAACACCUGAGCGCAAAGAUGACACCACUACAGGUUCUACAGUACAUGAAUUACCGUCUCAGAAUAGUCCGGAACCUGUCGUAGAGCAGGGUUUAGAUUCGGGUAGUUCCACUGCAAGUGUUAGGAGUGACACCUCACCGUCUAGAUCGACGAUUUUCUUUGACAUGUAUAUACAUCCAUGUAUAUGUUUAGAGUUGGGUCCCAAUCUGUUUCGAUUCGGCCCUACGGAUUCUUCGCCUAUCGCGGUUGUUGUUUCUAUUGAGGAUGAAGGCCCUAGCGUCUUUCCCCUUGGCGACGCUAUUGAUGUACUACGAAACUACAACGAUAAAGGCCGUUACGUAAGCUUCUGUGUUAAGAGGAACUUAAUUUUGAAGUACCGCAUCACUGCAGUGCUUGACUCAAGGUUUGAGAGACAGUACAUAUUUAAGGAGCCCCGUCAUGCCUUACUGAGUAAGGUCGAGUCCUUUGUUGGCCAUCAUAACCGGUGGCACUACGUUGUGAUCCACACGGUAUUGGUGGAUGACUCCCCGCCGACUGUAAUGCGAACGGUGUACCAAGAAGCAUGUGUCAGUGGAACGGUAACAUACCAGCUAAUGGAUCGAACCCACGAUGACAGGUUGGAUUUGUUCGACAAAUUGAGACCAUCGGCCUAG